CUCGCCUGCGGUCACACUCCACGCAACCUCUGGCAAAAAACUACGCGAAAAAUAUGCCAUAAAAAGCGAGAAUCGAUCUUAUUUAUAUAUCUUUCGCGGAUUACAAAGUGCGUAGCAGCCGCGGGCCGACCAGAGCCCCGCCAACCAACAACUCCCGCCGCCCAAGGACACAGAGAAAACCGGCAAGAAGAUGGCCGAUCCGCUCAGUCUGCUGCGGCAGUACAACAUAAACAAAAAGGAGAUUGUCGAGCGCGACAGCCAGAUUAUCUUCGGCGAGUUCUCCUGGCCGAAGAGCGUGAAGACCAACUAUCUCAAAUAUGGCUCCGGCAAGAAGGGCGCUCCACGUGAGUACUACACGCUGGAGUGCCUGCUGUACCUGCUCAAGAAUGUGAUGCUGCAGCACUCGGUAUACGUGCGACAGUGCGCCGCCGAGGACAUACCCGCUGUGAAUCGGCCGGAUCGUAAAGAGCUCCUGGCCUAUCUGAAUGGAGAGACGCCAACCUGCGCCAGCAUCGACAAGAGUGCCCCGCUGGAGAUCCCCACCCAGGUGAAACGAGCUGCGGAAGGUGAACCUUCCAGUGUUGAGGUGGCUGCCAAGAAGGCGCGCUUUGAGGAGACUCAAGUGCAGAAGGUGCGCGAGCAACUGGCCGCCCGAUGGGAUGUCAACCAGAAGGAGACCGCUGUCAACAUGGACAACAUCAAGUCGCUGUCCGAGACGAUGUCCGUGGAGAAGAUUGCGGCCAUCAAGGCAAAGCGUUUGGCUAACAAGCGAACGACCAUUAAAAGGACGGACAAUGACGAGACCAUGGGCACUGAUUUGCGUGCGAUCCUGGACUAUGAUGUGGACUCCACGAAGGACAUUAUCAGCAGAGAGCGACAGUGGCGCACGCGAACAUCGAUUCUGCAAAGCACGGGCAAGAUCUUUGCCAAGAACAUCUUCGCCAUGCUGCAGGGCAUCAAGGCGCGCGAGGAGGGACGCAAUCGUCCGCAGGUGCCUAAUCCCAUCAAGAUGCCGGAGCCGGCGCGAAUAGCCAAGCCACAGCCGCAGCUAUCGCAAUACAAUCGUUACGAUCAGGAGCGCUUCAAUCGGCAAAAGGAGGAGACCGAGGGCUUUAAGAUCGAUACGCUCGGAACAUACCACGGUAUGUCGCUGAAAUCCGUGACGGAGGGCUCACUGGCUCAGCGUAAGGCGCAGGCCAACAACUUACCGGGAGCACCGGGCGGAAUACCAGGAGCAGCCGCCGUUCGGCCCAAGGAAUUGCUUCCUGCGGCUCAAGCCCGACAACUGCCCGCCAACGGCCCAUCGAAGCGACCCUCUCGCACCCCCAUUAUCAUCAUACCGUCUGCCAACACAAGCCUCAUCACCAUGCUCAACGUGAAGGAUAUUCUGCAGGAGCUGCGCUUCAUGUCCACCGCGGAGAAAAAGCUGCAAGGCUGCCAGCGCGACAGCGAAGUGCUGUUACAGCGAAAACGCAACAAUCAGACUGUGUCUUACCGGGUGAUAGACAAUCCCAUCAAGCUCUCGCAACAGGACUGGCAACGGGUGGUGGCCGUCUUCGUUAUGGGACCCCAGUGGCAGUUCAAGGGCUGGCCUUGGGACGGCAAUCCCGUCGAGAUAUUCUCAAAGAUUUGCGCUUUUCAUUUGUGCUUUAGCGAGUUGAAAUUGGACUCGAACGUGGAGCGCUGGUCUGUAACGCUGCUGCGACUCUCGCAAAACAAGCGGCAUCUGGAUCGGGCUGUGCUCAGCAAAUUUUGGGAAACUUUGGACAAAUAUAUGGCCAAGUACAAGCCCGAUCUGCGGUUCUAACCCUUACCGCAUACUUAAACGUUCUGCUGAAUAACGACACCUGCACAGUUUCCAAUCCCACUCCGAAGUAGUUACCAUUAUAUAAAUAACAGUCUGUAACUUUGCAACAAUCGACGCAAGUAUGCAACAGUGACCCGAAUCUGGGUCAUUUGGCCAGUCCAAUUUCCCGAUUAAUCCCUGUCCAGGACUCUCUCGCUUUUGGCAGCCGCAUUACAAGUCGCAGGCCUGCGAUGGUGCAAAUAGGCCCAAAUAGGCAGUUAGAGGUUAAGAUUAAGAGUUUUUCGUUCGACUUGUACAAUGUAAACUAUAAAACACACGGAUACGGAUCCGAAACCAAGUAAUUUGUAUUUUUAGUGAUAAUAAACAGUUACAAGCCAA